GGAAACGACGAGGGCGAUCCCGAAAAGCACAGAGAGAAGCCAAUUCCAUUUCAACCGGAAUUUCGCGCCACUGUGCUUGGCUCGAGUUCGAUACGAAGCUAACGAUGCUCGCCAGUGUGUAGCGCGGCAAUGGAAGCUGAGAGAAAGAGCGGCACGAGAAGAAGAAGGAAGCCUCUCUCGGACCUCACCAACGCCGUCUCUCUGUCCGAGCUCGAACCUCCUCUCAAACCCAGCGUUCCGUCUGCUCCCAAGAGGAUCGCCCCAAACCCUAGCUCACCCGGUUCCGCGCUUCUCCCUUCCACGCCCUCUCGCCCUAUCGCCUCUUCUUCCGGGCACGAUGUUUCUGGGAGGUCUAUGUUCUGUGCAACCUAUAACCGCAGAAAGCCUGCGGAUAAAAGCAAGCGUAAAGAGAAUGCCGUUGGUGUCCCUAUGACUAGCUCUCCGGCUAGGAAGAUCAGAAAUGCGAGGAACAAGCUUAAUGAUGAAGGAGAUGGUGCUGGAUCCAAGUCAUGCUCUAUACCGAAUAAAAGGGUAUUCUGUCAAGAUUCCUUUGCAUUUAAAGUAGUUUGUUGCAUGUAUUAUAUCAUCUCUUCUGGCUUCCUUUCACCUCGACCUUUGCUUGUUUUUGUAUAUCUCAGUAGAUGGAAAAACAUUGACUGGACAGUGUUUUUUGCUCAAUUAUUUUUGGGAUGUUGAUGCAGAAGCAGCAGAGGCCACCAUCUAGGAAAGAUGUGCCUGAUGAUGCCUUGCAAGAUUACAUCAGGGAGCAGAAAUCUUACUUUGAAGAGAUUGAUGCAUUCGAAUUGCCAGAGGAGGAGGUAGCCUCGGUUAACGAUUUGGACUAAAUGGAAGAGAUACAGUAGAUAUAAGCAAUCGGUGACCUGACCGCUUAAGUAUAGGGGGUGAUGUCUGUACAGUCAACUGACAGUGGAAUACUCGACGACUCUACCCAGAUUUUGGUUUUGUAACUGCUAGUGUACAUAUGGAGUCUUCAGCUACUUUACUCUGGAGCUUGUAGAAUUUGUCCUGCGUAUUUCAUGACUUGAUCAUGGAGUACCUUUUGUAUAACAUUGAUUACUAAUCAGAAAUUUGCCUAUGCCUUAAGUUCACCAAGGCAAUCCAGGCUGCUUCUUUCUUACG